AUGACAUCGACUCCACCACAAUUAGAUGGAUCUUUCGAUGCUUCCGAUAUCGCAACACCAUGUACAAUAAUCGAGAGAAUGCGAAUUAAAGACGAUUCUGAUGAUCCUGAGAGUAAUGAUGAGAACUUUGAAAAUUUAUCGCAGUCAAGUGCACAGUUUUCACAAAACUCGGAAGCCACGACUACAGUAAAACAACCGUUCCCUCAAACCAGCACAAAGGUUUAUUGUCAUAUCGACGAUGAGCCAACAUUGUAUUUGAUGGAAGUGCAUGUUCCUCCUGAUUUGAUAACAUUGGGAGAUGUGAAACGAGUAUUGAUGAGAACUAACUUCAAAUAUUACUGUAAAGCAUUAGACCCUGAUUCAGGAUACGAGGUGAAAGCUGAAGUCCGCGAUGAUGCUCAGCAAUUAAUUCCGCUGCCAAAUGGAAGGUUUGAGCUUUUUCUGCUCACCAUCGAAGGAUCGACUCAUUCUGACGGAAGUAGUGGGAAAAUGAGAAAGCCUAGCCAUCCGGUUCCGGCGCCAGCUCCUUCAAACAAACAUUUACCGAUGAAUUAUCAUCAUGCUGCAUACCAAUUCGAUAAUUCCAUGAUGAGCACCGAUUCGGAAUCCGUGAUAUCAGCAGCAGUACCAAGCUAUCUAAAAGGAGCCUAUGGUCGUCGUUUCCCGCAAUAUCUCGGUUAG